AUGGCACGUAAGAUUCUUUGUGUAGCCGAGAAGCCUGCAAUCGCCCGUGCUGUGGCCACUCACCUGUCUGGCGGAUCAUUUCAGACGCAUGCCAUUCGAGGCAAUCAAUAUGUCAAGAACUACGAAUUCGACUUCAAUUUCGGGGGCGCCUGGGGACAAUGCUCAGUGACCAUGACCAGUGUGAUAGGCCAUCUUACAGGGCUGGAUUUUGCUUCUCAGUACAAAGGAUGGAUGUCAUGCCCGCCUGGUGCUUUAUUCGAAGCUCCAGUUCAAGAAGAUGUAGACAAGGACAAGAAGCCGAUUGCGGAAAACAUUCGCAAUCAAGCGAGGUACAGCAAAGCGCUCUUCAUCUGGACCGACUGCGAUCGCGAAGGGGAGCACAUUGGUACCGAGGUGCGCAACCAAGCCAAAGCUGGCAAUGCUCGUAUUGAAGUCAAACGAGCUAGGUUCAGCAAUACGGAAAGAGCUCAUGUUCUUCAAGCAGCUCGGUCACCGGUGGAGCUUGACGAGUUCCAGGCAAAUGCCGUGGCGGCCAGAAUUGAACUAGAUCUGCGAAUUGGUGCCGCAUUUACUCGCUUGCAAACUCUCCAACUGCAAGCUGUUGCGGCUAUUUUGAAAGAGAAAGUCAUCAGUUAUGGCUCCUGUCAGUUUCCUACGCUUGGAUUCGUCGUGGAUCGGUACUUUCGCGUAAAGAACUUCAAGCCCGAGACGUUCUGGAGUAUCAAGGUUAUGCUUGAACGGGAAGGCAAGAAGGUCAACUUCCUAUGGAAGCGUGUCCAUCUCUUUGAUCGAGCAGCCGUCAUUAUGAUGUUGGAACGCUGCCUCAUGGCGAAGCAGGCAAAGGUGACCAAAGUGAAUCAAAAACCAAAGAGCAAAUGGAGACCCUUGCCGUUGACUACUGUGGACCUUCAAAUGAUGGGCAGUCGAUUUCUUCGAAUUGACAGUCAAACUAUCAUGAAGGUCGCGGAGGCCCUUUACACCAAAGGUUUCAUCAGCUAUCCGCGUACCGAAACGGAUCAAUUUGACAAAGCAAUUGACUUGAAGAAGCUGGUGGAGAAACAAUUCCCAGAUAGCCGAUGGGGCCAAUAUGCCAAAGACCUGAUUGAUGGUAAAUUCCGGACACCUCGAUCUGGCCGCCACAAUGAUAAAGCUCAUCCUCCCAUUCAUCCAGUCUGUUGGGUAGCUCCCACCUCGUUGAAUGAAAACGAGAGGAAAGUGUACGAGUUUGUGGUUCGGCGAUUUCUGGCUUGCUGUUCGGACGAUGCAAAGGGAUCAGGGACGGACAUAGAGAUUCAAUAUGGCGAUGAAUUCUUUCAUGCCAGUGGAUUGCUCGUUCUGGAGAGAAAUUAUCUCGACGUCUAUGUCUAUGACAAAUGGGAAAGUAGCCAACAGCUUCCCCAUUUUGAACGAAACGAAACCUUUGAACCUACAGAGGCGAACAUCUCCGAGGGGAAAACAACCGCUCCGAGCUACUUGACUGAACCUGAGCUGAUCGGUCUGAUGGAUGCCAACGGUAUCGGGACGGACGCGACAAUGGCGGAGCACAUUGCCAAGGUCAAGGACCGCCAAUAUGUGGUCGUCAACGAGCGUGGAAGUGGGAGAAGUAAGGUGGAAGAGCUGAUUCCUACCCAUUUAGGUGUUGCGCUGGUGGAAGGAUACGACAACGUCGUGGCUGGUCUCCCAAACAGUAUCUCACUCAGCAAGCCGUUUCUUCGCAAGGAAAUGGAAAAGCAAAUGCUUGAGAUCUGUGCGGGCUCCAAAACUCGCCAGGACGUGGUUCAACAGAGUCUCGACAUGUACCGGGAGGUGUUCAUCCAUACUCAAAGGCGUAUUGAGAUGCUCAAAGCGGCCUGUCGAAAGUAUCUCAACGAGCAGCCAGCAUGA